UUCAAAGAUUUGCAUUGUGUCGAAGGGGAAAGAGAAGCGUUCAUCUUUUCAUCCAACAUCCAACCAUCAUGGAGCUGCUGACGACGAUGAAAAUUCCCACCGCAGGACCGGAAACGUACUGCCGCCUAUGCCUCGGCAAGGAAAGCCUUUUGGGAGUGUUUGCGACGGAAAAGCCCCUGCAUAAUGAUGGCCACACGGACAGCAGCUCCUCGACUGAGCUGGUAGAGAAGAUUUACGAAUGCACCAACAUAAAGCUCUCCUGCACGGUGGACGCGGCAUGUGCCAUCUGUCGCCGGUGUCUGCAGGCGGUGCAGGAUUUCUACCACUUUCGCGUGCGCAGCAACAAGGUGAAUGAUCUCAUCCAAGUGACGACGGUCGUUGCCAACGGUGACGACGACAGCAGUGGCAGUGGCAAUGAAGCGCCCGCCAAGCGCGAAACGACGACCGUGGUUGUUCCAUGCCCAACAACAACAACACCACCACUACCAGCAGCGAAGCAACCGAAGCCGUCGAUCGUCUCCAGCGCGAGCAAAACCACCGGUGAGCGGAGCAAUCGAUGCCGGUACUGCCCGAAAUCGUUCCGCACGGUGGCCGAACUAGCCGAGCACGGCAAGCGGACGCAUGUGGCCGGCCGGCAGCACCACUGUCCGAACUGUUUGGCCCAGUUCCAGCACGCCCCGUCCCUGGCACGGCACAUGCGAAGCCGCAGCUGCUUCGCGUUCAGCAAGUACCGGUGCCGGGUGUGCAGCGAAAGCUUCCCGGAGCGGGACCAGUGGGCGGACCACAUACGGAUUCACGCGAAGGACUUUCCCUACCAGUGUCCGGACUGUUGGUCACAGUUCAAGCAUAAGGCGACGCUGCGGCGCCACGCCAACACGGUCCAUCUGCUGGCGAAGGUGUGAUCGGGAUAUGUUUGUGUUUGUGUGUGUGUGUAUGUGGUGCUGAUUGUGUGACACGGUUCGACAGUUACAUAUUUAAAAAUGCAAAAAAAGGCGGAAA